AUCUUUGCUCAGAUUGACAAUUCACGAGAAUCCCAUCCAAGUUUCUCAUCAGCAGCUCCCAAAAAUGUCGGGCCGUGGCAAGGGUGGCAAGGGUUUGGGAAAGGGAGGAGCCAAGCGGCACCGCAAGGUGUUGAGGGAUAACAUCCAGGGAAUCACGAAGCCGGCGAUUCGCCGUUUGGCUCGGAGAGGAGGCGUCAAGCGUAUCAGCGGUCUUAUCUACGAGGAAACUCGCGGCGUCCUCAAGAUCUUCCUGGAAAACGUGAUUCGUGAUGCGGUUACUUACACGGAGCACGCUCGCCGGAAAACCGUCACGGCGAUGGAUGUCGUCUACGCUCUGAAGAGGCAAGGCCGGACAUUGUACGGAUUCGGUGGUUAGGUCUUCGUUUGUGGUUCGACCUUUGAUUUAGCGCUUCUGAAUGUAAAUGUCGUGAAAACUUGGUUAGAAGGAUUGGGGUUUCAGUUGUCCUUCGAUGCACUUGUACUCGGAUUUAUGUUUUCAUGAAAGCAGAAUUGGAUUCUUCUCA